AUGGAUUGCUUUGCCGAUGAUCGUGAAGCACUGAACGAUUUCACAAAAUAUUUCAACAAUGCACACCUAAGUGAUGUUGCACUUUUGGUCGGUGAUGAAAUAUAUCCAGCACACAGAAUAAUAUUAACAAAAAGCAGCGAAGUAUUUGAUCAAAUGUUGAGCAAAAAAUGGAACGGAGAUAAGAAGGAAUUAGAACUUGUCGAAGAUCCACCCUGCCAGCGAGUUUUUGCUGCAUUUUUGCGCUUCCUCUAUUGCAAUCAUGUGUUUUUACAUCCCGAAAAUGCAUUAUCAAUACUUAUUCUCGCUGAUAAAUACAACGUUAGCAACUUGAAGAAGAUCUGUAUUGAUUAUGCUGUAAGCAGUAUACUACCGGAACUAUCGACCAAAGAAUUAUUCCAUGUGUGGUUCUCUUAUGCCACAAAAGCAUUCCACCAACCAUUAAUAAGUGCUUGUAUCAAAGCGUUAGCAUGGCAUUUCGAAGAGAUGAUAGUUAGCGAAGAGUGGGAAAAGGAAUGGUUGUCGCUGGAUCGUGAUCAGCUCAUCGAACUGCUCAGAUCCAAUGAUCUUGUCUUGUCAAAUGAAUUUCGUCUGUGGGAGGCUGUACAGAGAUGGUUGGUGACAUCGUCUCAUCCCGAGAGACGUGGUAAUACUGCUUCACCGUUGAUGGCUUCUAUUAUUCCAUUCAUUAAAUUUCCAUUCAUGACAGCGGAUGAACUGACGAUAGUCGAGCGAUCGCCACUGGUCGAUUUGUACCCAAAACUAUUCCACCCACAAAUUUCGCUCGCCUAUAAGUUUCAAGCUCUUCCUUUGGCAAGUAGAGCUAAUUGCAAGGAAUUUACCGGAUCGCAAUUUAUUCUACGAAAUUACACAGAUAUAAGAUGGGAUAAACGUAUUACGGUUCGAGCUGAUGACCUACACCAUGACAGAAGCGUUGACCAAGCCUAUAACAUAACCACUCGCUCAUCCACUUUUCCAUUGCAAGCAUGGAAUUGGAAGCUGAAGUUAACUGGUCAACUGAUGCCAAAUUCGCACGAAGAAUUAAGGAUGUUUUUGGUCUCAGACGACAUCGACCAGCCACGCUCCAUUGAAUACCUCAUGCAGAUUGUAAAUGAACGAAAAGUAAUACAGUCAUUCUCAUCCAAGAAGAAUUUCACUAAAACAAGAUACAGUGCUGACAUCGAAAUUCAGAAAAAGAUAGAUCUCAGUGAACUUUAUACCGAUAACUCUCCACUGCUUGUGAACGGCGAACUUCAUUUGCAGAUAACCUUAAGACCUAUUGACUAA